AUGGACAAAUGGAAGGACAUAGAAUUGGCAAAGAUGCGAGUCGGUGGCAAUCAGAAAUUCCGUCAGUUUCUCAUGAGUCAGCCAGAUUAUCGCGAGGACUGGUCACUUCAUGAUAAGUACAAUUCGAGGGCAGCUGCUUUAUUUAGGGAUAAGGUAUCAACUGAAGCAGAAGGGAAGGAAUGGUCAGUAGCAACAUCGUCAGCACGAAAUUAUGUCCCUUCUACGCUGAAUGCUGGAAAUAGACUAGGUGGUGAUAUUUCGCGGCACGCUUCAGGAACAAGUCUAGGAUCAUAUUACGGAGGCAACAAUGCAGCAUAUUCUGAUGGAGUUGGAUAUAGUGCGGGUGGCGCUGCUCAAAGUGACGACCGUUAUCGAGGAUUUGGGAAUACAGUCGAUCCUCCCAGCAACCAAGAUGAUCUCUUAAGUGGCGCCAUGUCUUCUCUUUCAGUGGGCUGGAAUCUUAUCUCGAAGGGAGCCUCACAAGCUGCAGCUAUUGCCAAGGAUGUUAGUAUUCAAGCUACUCAAAAGGCAAGCGAACUCUCGGCCCAAAACAGUGGUCUUCUCUCUGGGGUUGCAAGCAAAGCGACGGAGAUUGGGCAGAAAUCGUGGGGAGGUAUUUCUCAGUUCGUCAAAUCACCUUCAUUACAAGGAUUGGGGAACAUCAUUCCAAAAAGGUACUUUUGA